ACAUGGGUGAUUUGAGGAUGGAUGGAUGGAUGGAUGGAUGGAUGGAUAGAUGGGGCAUGGAUUCAGCUGGAUGGCGGCUUUUGUCAGAUGAGGACCACCCAAAAGGCGGAGCCUCUUCCAUACUACCCCAAAAUCAUCGGCCCCAGCGGCGCACAUGGGAGCGCAGCAUGGCCUACAUGGCCUCCCCGCCCCAGUCGCCGAACUGGAUCGAGGAAGUCGAUUUGGUUCAGACCGCCAGCGCUGUGAAGGAGCAGUUUCAGCUCUUCGAUGAUCAGGCCACUGGCACCAUCGGAAAGGAUGACCUCCGCCGGGUCAUCGAGAGCCUCGAACAGUUCGCGCCCGAGGAGAUCGACAGGAUUCUCAAGGUGGCCAACACCAGCGGCGGGGAUAUUUCCUACGAGACAUUCAUCGAUUGGGCCUUCAACAGCGCAAAGGCCUUGGAGCAUCGGAAGAACCGACUGCGACAGGUGAAGCUCUUUCAGAACUUCGGUGAGCUGGAGAUCGAGGAGUGCGCCAAAGUGUUGGAGCUGACCAACUUUUCAGCAGGGGAGGAGAUCAUCCGCGAAGGUGAGGAGGGCUUCGACUGCUUCAUUGUGGAUACUGGAGAAUGUUAUGCCUCCAUUGAAAUCAAUGGUGAAAGGAAGGAAGUCCUCAAGUACGAGCCGGGCGGCUUCUUUGGCGAGCGGGCGCUGCUGAGGAAGGAGGGCCGUGCUGCCACGGUGAGUGCACGGAGCGACGUGAAGCUCCUCAAGCUCAGUGCUGAGGAGUUCGUCUCGAUGAUUGAAGAACGAGACCACAAGGAGAAUUUAAUUCGACACAUCAAGGAGUUUGACAUCCUGACCGAUGCGCAGGUGGCGCUCCUGGCCGGGGCACUGGAGCGACGUUGGUUCGACCAAGCGGACGCCUUGAUCUACGGGCAGGUCGAGGAGAGCAACAACUUCUAUAUCCUGGAGGAGGGCGAUUGUGUGGCCACCAUCCAACUGGAAGAUGGACAAGAGAUUGAGGCCAAGCAAUACACCCAGGGGCAAAUCUUUGGCGAGCAGGCGUUGCGCUCGGGCGGGCCCCGACAGAGCUCGGUGACCACGGUAGACACGGUGAAGGUCUUGAUGCUGAGCCGGGAGGAGUUCGAGCGAAAGCUGGGCAGAUGGAGCGACCUGAAGGCCGCGGCGGAGGAGGCCGACCCACGGCGCUUGAUGGCCGACUUCUAUCGCCUAGGUGACUCCCGCGGGCCGCGGGGCUCCUUGGCUGGAGAGGAGCCCGAUCCCAAAGAGGCCACCAGGUGGUUCGCGGUGUACCGGCCCUGCAGCUCGGACUCCAUCCGGAAGAUGUAUGGCAAGGUGGGCGUGGGCAAAGGCCUCAACGUCAAGGGCAAGUCGGCCAAGAAGAACCGGCUUUCCGGUUUUGUCCCCUUCAUCCAGAUCAGUGACAACAACCACAAGAAGGAAGUGGAGGACGCUCCUCGUGAUGCCCGCACCAAAAUCUUCUUCCGGAACAAGCUGGCGCGCGAGCAAGCCGAGAAGUCCUUGGACAAGGUCCUCAAAGAGGCAUCCUUGAAGAUCGACGAUCCAAGUGUCAAGGUCAUCUCGGAUUACGAGCCACAAAGCUGGGGUUUGGAUGUGCCAGAGCCUCUCAUGAAGGAGGCUUACAUCAUGAGACCCGAGCUGUCGCCCAUGGUGGGCUGGGAGACUGGACGCCAGUCGGAGCCUGCCUUCAUGGACAUGAACCUCCACUCCACCAGGGGCAACUCGACACCCGUUUGGUUCGCGACCGUCCGCGAGGUGGUCAGCGACUUUGACACCUUCCUGGUGGGCAGCCACGGGAUGGAAUACUCUCCGCUUCCUCCGGAGCAGAAGGAGCUGAUGCAGUGGUGCUUAGACCACACGGCGGACAUCAUCGGAAUGCCUCAACGAAAAGCCUGGACAGCUCGCUGGCUUGAGGUUUUGAAGGAGGAAGCCAGCACCAAAGGGAAGACGGUGGAGAUCCCCAAGUUGGGCUUCGGCGAUCCCACCUCGGUGAGGCUCAUCGGAGAGGUGGUUCAGGUGACCUCCUCCUGCGGGGCCAUCCGACAUGGAGCGGAAUGCUUCAACUUCUAUUUUCCACAGGAAUUGGACGAUGACUUUAUGGUUGUUUGGGACGGCUUCGUGGAUCCGCCUUGGAGGCAACUCAAAGAGCCGGAGCUGCGGAAGUUCCUCAAGGAGCGUGCACGGGAGGGCUACUGCUUUCCAUUGAAUCCAGUGUGGCCAAUCCGCGACAAGGGCUGGUACGAGGUCCUGGAAACCUUGCGGAAAGGCCCCGAGCAGCCUGAGCUGCGUGAGCUGAAUCAGCGAUGCCUGGAAGGGUGGUUCACCAAGGAGGCCUUGGCGCGGAUCGACGAGAUCCACGGCGACUUCCCCGAAUGCUUCACCCAGUCCAAGAUGAAGCGGAUGGCCUCCACCAUCGCCAACAUCCAGGACGUCACUGGUGAGGAAAUGGUGGACUUCGCAAAUGAGGAGGUCCGGAAGGUGGUGAAGGCCAGGUGGAAGAGGGUCCGCAGCUCAUUAAUGUUGAUGGCCCGGAUGAUGAAGAGCUUGCCGGAAGAGGAUCAUGCCAAAGUGUUGGGCAAUGAGACUUAGCAGGUCGAUGGCGCAGCCAUGCGCAGCCCGUCGGACACGUCGAACGAAUGGCAAGUGGCUCGGGCACAGAGAUUUUUAACAUGAUUAUAUCAUAUGAAAAUGAUUAGCGCAAGAAAUUGUUUAUAAUAUCCCUACCCCCUUACCCAUGGAUUUGAGGGCGGG